CACGGUGCAGUUCUGUCAGCACCUGGCCCGUCAUCGUGUUUCCCUUCAAAAACUUUACAGUGAAAUUGUGUAACAUGUGCUAAGUGAACCAAAGAAAGUCAAUUUUGAUUAAGUUCCUCAUCCGCGAGUUAAAAAAAAAAACAAAAAAUGAAGAUCAAACGUGGUGAAUUACCGAAAAAAAUCAACCGAUCAUUGAAACGCAUGGCAAAGUUGAACCUGUUGACGGUGCUGAACGAGAAUGUCGCCAAACCGAUACAAAAGUUCAUCCGUAACGAGCUGGUUGAGGUGCACCGCAACAAGAUCAAGGCCGAGUAUCACUUUUGCUCGAAUUACAGCUCCGCCGGGGGUUCGAAAACGCGUCAGAAACGAAAGACGAAGAGGACGAUCAAGUGCAUUGAGUUCUCCUGUAAGGAAUACAGCCCAGACAAGCCAACGCUUCGCGAUCAGCUGAAGCAGUUGACGAUCAAGCAUAACCCAUCGGAAGAAUUGGUGGGAGAUCUGCUGACGAUCAUGCGGAGGAAUGGGCUAGCGGUGCCGGAAAACACGCAAGACCUGCUGCAGAGCCACGACAGCUUCGACAUUGUUGCGAUGUCCGUCGGACGCUAUCUCAACUUCGGUGUGAAACGUUCAAUCACAAGCUAUCUGCAAAAGUUUGUAGAUGAAACCAAUCACUGGUUCAUGAAGAUGCUGUUCAUGGACUUGGCCUUCUACGUCGUAAAAUCGGAAAAGGUUGAAGGCAUCCAGCUGCCACAGUACAUGAUCAUCUUGGGUAAACUCUCUAUCCAGCUAGAUGAACCGUUCGUCAUUGGAAUCUAUCAGGGAGCCUUUCCAACGCCAACGAUUGCGAACGAAAUUCUGCGUCCGCUGGUCGACGAACUUAAAACGUUCGAAAACAGUCGCUUUGAGCUGGACGGUCGAACGUAUGCACUCACCGUUCGAGCAGUUCUGUGUGAUCCAAUUGCCAAUAGUUUAGUGACCUGCACGUCAUUGCCGAACUCCCAGUUUGGCUGUAGUAAAUGCAACCAGAAAGGCCAGCUGCAGUUCAACGAGGGCAUCACCAGCUUUCCACCAAACGCAAAUCUCGCCACUAUGCGAACUGAUGACGAUUUCGUGUAUUGUCUUCAAAAUGGGCAUCAUGUGGGUGUACCCAUCCUACGUGAGCUUAACCUAGAACUGAAAUCACAGUUUGUGAUCGACUACAAGUACGUCGUCUGCGAAGGAGUCAUGAAGCGUCUUAUGAACCUCUGGCUAACAGGGAAACUAGACUAUCGACUGAACAAACAAUCUGUACGUCGCAUAUCCGCUGAGCUGCUGUUGAUGGGAAGAAGUUGUCCUCGCGAGUUUCGACAAAAACCGAAAGGCCUAGAGGAGCUCAAAGAUUGGGAUGCGUACGAUUGGCGACAGUUUCUGCUGUACUAUUCACCGAUUGUACUGAAAAACUAUUUACCACAAAAGUACUACAUCCAUUUUCUCUAUCUGCAUCUGGCUAUUCGAAUACUGAUCAGCUCGGAGCUGUUCGUGGAGUGCACGACGUACGUAGCAGGUCAGCUGCUUAACACUUUUGUCGCUGAUUAUUCCGUCCUGUACGGAUCGCACCUGAUCGAUUACAACGUUCACAACUUGUUGCACUUCGAAGAGGUUAAUAUGCGAGCGGGACCAAUGUGCCGUAUGAAUGGAUACAUGUACGACCGCCAGAUGGAUGCCAUCCUGAAGACGGUCAGUGGCAAUUCGAACAUUCGUCUGGAGGAGCUCGGAACCAUAGUAGAGGACAACACCCGUGUGAUUGUGGAAAACCGACUCAACGAAUACCGCCAACGGUAUCCCCGCCUGGAGCAAUCCAACGAAGGGCCCGUCCUACUGAUGAACGCAGACAUCACUCUGACGACUUGUGAGCCGGAUAACUACAUUAUCACGAAGGAAGGUGUGCUAAUGAUCGAGCAUAUCUAUCGGAAUGAACAGAACUCGGUGGAGGAAAUCAUGAUAGCCGGGCGGCAGUUUAGUGAUGUGACUGUCCUCUAUCAGGCACCGGUUACGGAGCAGAAGCUGCUGCUUGUGGCCGGCUUGUCAUCGGUUCGUGCCCUGCCAGCGAGCGAGGUACAGAUGAAGGGUGUUAAAGUGGACACUUCCCGAGGAAUAUGCAUACUGCCGCUGGUAGUGUAGGACGAUGUCGGCUGGGGACUCUCUGGCAGAUGUCCGAUGUCACAGUUUUGUACAAUUGCUUUACCAUAAUUUAUUACAAUCCUUUCGUUAUGAAAAAAGAAGAAAAUCGGAGAUGUUUGAGAAAGUCGUUUUUGCGUAAUUUACGAUUCUUUUUACCAAAUAUGAUUCGGCAUAUUCUUCUCUCCUGA